AUGCCACCGAAGGGCAAGAGGAGCGCGGCGAACACACACGACAAGCGGCAUGAGAACGGCCUCGCGGCGCCCGGAAAGCGCAUCCCCAAGCAACGCUCCAAUCCCGCUCUCAACGGCCACGCAAAUGGAAAGCCCCCGCAGAGCUCUCCGCCGCUGCCGCCGCCAGACCUAAGCACCCUCCCCAGCUGCCCGGCUCCUGGCAAUGCCCCAGUGCACACGACUCUCCCGGACACACAGAUGCCAGACGACCGGCGCCCGCUGCUCGCGAGGGGCCGCACCGUCUCCGAGGCCUCCCACGACGCCUCAGACGCUGGCUCUGUCGAGCCCCAGAACGGCUCCGCCGAUGGACACUCGCGCCUGUCGCUGCACCGCGCCGCCGUGCACCAGCACCGCAGCCAGAUGGGCCACAAGGGCAGCCCCGCCUCGACGGCCAUGACCAUCAUCUCCUCGUGCCCCGUGUGGGAUGUCGUCGCCAUCCUCAUCAUCCUCCUCCAGCUGCCCUCGACCGUCCUCACCGUCAUUCAUUUGCUCUUCGCUACCCUCACAUUCGUGCCUCCGAGCAGCACCGCUUCGCUGUCCAGUCUCCCUAGCUUCAGCGAGGUCUUCAAGGGAUCGCAAGGCAUGCCUUCUCUGGGCACCAUCGUGCUUUGUGAUCUGUUUGCCUUGAUUAUAUGGGGUUUCCUUCCCAUGUUCGCCCAAGGCAUCGCCUUCGACCUGGCUCAGGCCGUCAUCGCAAUUUCGCUGGGAGGCGCCGCCGCCGGAAAAGGCGGCGUCUCGCAGAGCGUGCUUGUCUGCGGAGGCAUCAUCUUCUUUUCUCACGCCUAUCGUCACCGUACAAUCCGCACCUACGUCCUCCGUUACCUCCAUUUCGAGGUGCAGCAGAGCAGCGAGUCUGCUGACAGUCAUGAGGCGAAUUCAACGGAUGUUAAUCACAUUGGCAACGCUCAUUUCAAAACCGGGGAGGAUAGGGUGUGGAUUUUGGACGUCGGCGCAACGGAGAUCUCGUUUGGUGCUAGCGUGGUCGAAAAGAGCACGGUGAAGGAAAACGGGGGGGAGGAGCAAGAAUCAAGCCUUGGAGCAGGCAUCGACAAGUCGAAGCCGUUCUACGUGCGUCUCAAUGGCACUAAUUGGGCGUCUACGUACAUCGCGUCGGCCGGUCAGGACCAGAAGGCGGGUGAUGGAACACUGGGGAUGUGGUCCGGCAAGAUCUUUGGUCUCACGUCUCAGCAGAACUACAAGUGCGAGUUCGUGAGGACGGAUGAUCGGGCUACCAUACAUUCUACCAGUCUCAUCACCCAGGCUGCUCCAAGCGCCGAGCAAGCCUCGGCCGUUUCUCCUCCAGCGCAUCAGACCCUUCGACCGCAGUCCCCCAGGACUCUGCUUCGGAACAACGUCACCAACCUCGAACACGAGCUCCAGGAAUUGAAGAUGCAGCAAAAGCGGAACCAGAGAUCCCAUGGCAAGGCCCUUGCAGCGGCGAAAAAAGAAGUCGACACGGUGGAAGGCAAGAUACAGACUUCGGGUGGCAACGAUGACAGGUUGAAGCAGAAGAAGAGACAAUUGUCUGAGGCAAUUCGCCAAGCGGAAGAAGCAGCCUCAGACAUGUCUUCUCAGAACUCAAACCUGGCCAACAUUCCGGAGGAAGAUCUGGCCGAAUUCAAGACCGAGGGACGUAAAUGGCGCCAGGAGAAAGACCGCUUGACUGCUGCUACCGAGGAGUUCGAGCGCUGCAAAGCUGAGGCUGACAAGGAGGUUUCCAAUGCUGAGUCUGAGUACGCUUCGAUCGUGAAGAAACGCGAACGUCUCCAGGCGCGGCAAGCGAAGCUGAAUGAGCAGCACGAGCGCCUCAGUUCGAUGAACGCCCAGGAUCAAGACGCGCAGGCCCGGAAACUCAACGAACGCGCGGCAUUGAUGGCUACACGAGCUCAGCACGAGUCGCAGUACCUCGGCCAGAUCAUCAACAACGAGCACAAUGCCAUGGACAUUCAGAGCAAGACAAUGUACAUCAACCAGCAGAUCCAGCAUCUGCAGGCGAUGCUCCAGCAGCAACAGCAGCAGAAUCCCAGCCCGCCGUCAGUUCCGACCACGCCCGAAGGCCCGCUCCCUGGCACUACCGGAUCCGCCUCGCACAACUACACGCCGGUGUUCCAGUUUCCGCCGCUUGCCGGACAAUUGAACGGCACGCCUAGCUCCGUUCCUCGCGAAGGCCGAGGCCGGUCCAGCUCUAUGCUCUCCGACAUGUCUGGCUUCACUGAUCACAAUGUGGACCCUCCACCAGCCUAUGCACCCAUUGCUGCGCCUAAUUUCUCCUUUGCUCCCGGUGCACUUGGUAACGGCCAGUUCGGCGCGUUCAACGCACCGAUAAUGAACGGAACUAAGGCGCGCAAGGGCAGCAGCGGUAGCAGUGGUGGCAGCGGCACCGGUUCAGGAAGUGGCAGUGCGCCAGGCAGCCAGAGAGACCCGACCAGCCCAUUGAACAAGACGUCUAGUCCGGUUGGUUCCACGACUGUGCCUGUGGGUCCUGGUGUUGUCGGUGGUCCCUAA